UCCUGAGUUCAGUUUUUUUUUUUUUGCUUCUUCUGGAUUUUAGAAGAUUUCCCAAUCCACCUUGAAAUGAAAUUAGAUUAAUUCUUCAACAGGGGCAACCUUCUUUUUCUUGAGAAAUAAAGAAUUCAACUUGUUAGAUAGAUAGAAUUCGUGAGAAAUUGGAAUUUCUGAUAUCUUCUUCUUCUCCGAUUUCAUUUUGCCUUAUUUUUUUUUUGUUGAAGAAUUGAGGUCGGAGGGAGCUAGAGAUUGGAUCUAUUGAAUUCGAUGAGAAUUGGGAUAUGGUGAUCGUUAAGACACAAAGAGGAAGGUUCCCAUGGCGAGUUUUUUGGUGGGCUUCUUGUUGCCUUCGCUACUUCUCGCAGCCGCACUUAUUAACUGGAGUGUGAUAUCCUUUGUUGAUUUGAUAGCUUUCCUCCUCGUUCACUAUAUUGCACCUGAAAUUGGAUACCGUUUUCAGAGGAGGCAUUGGCUAUUAUGGCCCAUUUUCAUCUUUUCAUUUGCAGUAUUUCUUGCUCAACUGGUGUACCUUCUCAUCUGGGCUGCUGUAGGUCAAGACUGGGAUACAGCAGAGACUGGCUGGAUGAGACUUCUCGGCUUUAUGAUAUUAAACUCUUGGAGAAACCCCACUGUUAUGUAUUUCUUGGCUUUACAACUACUAACAUCACUAGUUGCUUUAGCUGACAUAUAUAGUAGUAGAUUCGGUUUCGCUCGAUGGCGGGACACAUGGUGGUCCCCCUUCUCAGGAAUUUUCGAACAUCUAGGAAGUCAUCUUAGGGUUGCCUCCUGCUUGUUGUUACCAGCAGUUCAAUUGGCAGUGGGUAUCUGCAAUCCAUCAUGGGUUUCCUUGCCAUUUUUUAUUGGCAGUUGUGCGGGUCUUGUGGACUGGUCCUUGACAAGCAACGUUUCAGGACUUUUCAGGUGGUGGAGAGUUCUUUAUAUUUACGCAGGGUGCAACAUUGUCCUGCUGUACCUUUAUCAACUACCAAUAAACUUUUCAGAUAUGAUUCGAUGGAUAGCAAGUUUUAUAGGUGUAUUCAGAAUCUCUGUGGAAACUGAGGGCCCUGAUAUUUGUUCUGGUCUUUUCCUCGUGUCAUUCUACAUCAUGGUAUGUCUUUUUGCUUUUUGUCUUGGUCUACAUCAUCGUUAGUCUUUUGCUUUCUGU